GAAUUUUUUAUCUCAAUUUGUUUAAAUUCCACAUUACCUAUCUCUAAAACCCUAAUUCUUCUCGGUCGGGAAGGAGACGACUCCAUCUCGAUGGAGGCCGACGACGCCCCAUCGUCUCCCUCCUCCGCCCCUUCUAACCCUAAACCUAACCCUAGACGAGAGAUAUCCGAGCUCCCGGGGGAGAAGGAGAAGGAGAAGGAGAAGAAGAAGAAGGCGUGGGCGCCGAAGCGCUUCGUGCACUCCCAGAUCCCGGCCUCGAUCCUUUCGGACCCUUCGCUCAACGCGGCGAUCUCCCUCCUCCCCUCGAACUACGACUUCGAGGUCCACAAGACCGUGCAUCGCCUCCGCUCGGCCGCCGCGCGCCGCGUCGCGCUCCAGCUCCCCGAGGGCCUCCUCAUGUACUCCCUCCUCCUCGCCGACGCCCUCCGCUCCGACGCCGACGACGUGCUCGUCCUCGCCGACCCCACCUACGGCGCCUGCUGCGUCGCCGACCGCGCCGCCGCCGCGCUCUCCGCCGACCUCCUCGUCCACUACGGCCACAGCUGCCUCGUCCCCGUCCCCUCCUCCCUCCUCCCCGUCCUCUACGUCUUCGUCGACAUCCGCGUCGACCCCACCCGCCUCGCCGCCGCCGUCCGCUCCGCAUUCCCCGACCCCGCCGCCGCCCCGCGCCUCGCCCUCGCGGGCACCAUCCAGUUCGUCUCCGCCGUCCACGCGGCGCGGUCCAUCCUCCUCUCCGAUGGCUACAAGGACGUCCUCGUCCCCCAGGCAAAACCGCUCUCCCCCGGCGAGGUCCUCGGAUGCACCGCGCCUACCAUCCCCAAAUCGGAGGGUGUGGACUCGAUCAUCUUCGUGGCCGACGGCCGGUUUCACCUCGAGGCGUUCAUGAUCGCGAACCCUGGCGUCCGCGCCUUCCGCUAUGAUCCGUUCCUCGGAAUCCUCGUUUUAGAAGAGUACGACCACGCGGGGAUGAAGAGAGCCCGUAAAGACGCCAUCUUAGCGGCUAGGAAGGCCAAGAAUUGGGGGGUCAUACUAGGAACCCUAGGGAGGCAGGGGAGCACUAAAGUCCUGGACAGAGUGGUGGAUCACAUGGAGGAGAGAGGGUUGGAUUACGCCGUGGUGCUGAUGUCAGAGAUCUCGCCGACAAGGAUCGAGCUGUUUGGAGACUCCGUAGAUGCUUGGGUGCAGAUCGCGUGCCCUAGGUUAUCGAUCGAUUGGGGAGAGGGAUUCACGAAACCGCUGCUUACUACCUUUGAGUUUGAUAUCGCAUUGGGGUAUAUUCCAGGUUGGUGGGAGAAGGAGAGGGCGAAGGAAUCAUUGAAGUGCGAUUCAAAUUUGAAUUGCCCCUGCGGUGCGGAGGAGGAUGGGAAGAAUUGCUUGGGUUCAUCUGGUUGUAGAGUUGAGUCUUGUAGUAGUUCUAACUGUGGUAAUGGUGGAGAAGAGACGGAGUAUCCAAUGGAUUACUAUGCUCAGGAUGGAGGAGAGUGGAAUAGCUCUUACAUGAAGAAGAAGCCUUCUGCUGGUGAUAGGAAAGCUCAUAGCAGAGUUGAGAUUGGGCAAGCUGAUUGAAUAAAGAGAACAGAAAUUGGUUUCUUUUGGAGAAAUGUGCCAGUUGAAGUGAAACAAUGAGAAGAAUAUGGAUCAAAUUCAUGGAGAACUAACCAUAAUAUGAGGAUCCCACAGAUUGUCUGGUUCAGUCCCUCUGAAAAAAGGAAGUUUGAACAAAUUUCCGGUGAGCACAUUACCUACAGGUCACAACUGCUACUCUGGAAGGUUACGGCUUGGUUUGACUGCAGUAGAUUCGAUUUGGAUAUCCUGACUGCAUCACGAGCUGAUUUGAGAACAGUUAUCUGAAUCCUUCUACCGCUCCUUGCUAUUGUUUUGAGAUAUUAAAUGUAGUUAACAGUGUAAUAUGUUCUUUAUUGCAAUAAAUUUUGCUGCUGAAAAGCUUCAUGAUCAGUUUCA